CGAAGCUGAGCAUCUUACCGCAGGUGGCUCUCUCGAACCCUGAUCAAUCUUAUUUAGGAGGACUGGCAUCCACCUUGCGAUCAACAAUCGGUAGCGAACAUGGGCACUAGAGAACGAGGGUCAGCACUCGGCCAGGCGGCGCAAGAGGCAGUGAGGGAGGCAAAAAGCAACUACCAGAGCACACUCAACCCUGCACUGUCUGUAGCGUUUGGGGUAUAGAUCAAGCAAAAUGAGAUCCCCGGGCUGCGGAUGCUGCGCUGCAUAUUCUGGUCUUCGAACAAAUUGUGGCGUCAGGAGCCCUUAUCAAUGGCAGAGAGGGAGAACACGGGCUGGUGGAGGACUUACAGUGGUAUAUCCAUGGCCGUUGUGCAUAAACUGGGGAAAUUCCUCGCCCCGGUUUGUAGCUGGCGCUGCAGUCUUCCAGGACCAGCGAUCAACUCAAUCAAGCCGAGAUCCGAGACCACACGGAGUAAACGCAAGCAGAUGCCAGCCGGGCCUCAGUAGUAGGCAUCGUAUUUCGCUGCCUCUGCUGCGUUCUUCCACAAAUGAGUCUCCAUCUUUGGCGGUGGAGGCUGGGGAAAGCUUAUAUAGGAGGCUUCGUGGUGAACACCUUCAGCCUUAUCUCUGCAACAUGCCUGGCUUCAGUGAGUCGAUCACGUGCUACAGUGUAGACAACGGCACGUUGAUUGAUGUCCCUGCAAUUCCUGCGAUUUCUUGCAGACUUCGGUGGCGCUGCGGAUGAUGAUGUUGCAGUGGUGAUUGUAGACUUUGGCCAUCG